AUGGUUUUCAAGAAAAAUAAUAAAAUAUCAAGCAUAAAUCAACGUAAAAGUACUAAUCGAUCUGUUCCUGGGAGCUUCGGCCGUCUUCAGUACCUACAGAAUCUGGUUAACGAAUAUCAGCAAACUGAAAUAACGGAACACAAGGAACAGAUUUUAGCCAAUCUUGCUAAUUUCUGCUACGACUCUCGGAACGGCCCACAACUUCGUCAAUUGCGCGUCAUUGAUCUCUUUUUUGAUUGCAUCUUAGAACCAUCAAGUGCGUGGUUCAAAGCUGCCUUCCAAUCCGGAUCAAAUUUGAAAGUUGAUGAAAGCGAAGCUCGUCUAGUUGAAUUUGCUCUUGGAGGUUUAUCUAAUCUUUCGGCUUCAUCACCCCUAAAUCGUCAGGAAAUUCUCAAUCACAUACAUUUACCGUGUAUUGUAGCUUGUGCUACAUCUCCAGACUCAACAGUUGUUGUACAUUCGCUGACGAUUAUCAUACAUUUGUUUACUCGUUGUCCGAAUUCAGAAGAUUUUAUUUCUUUGGGUACUAGGUUUCCUGCUAUCAUCCAAAUAGCUCGUCAGUAUUGUGAGUCACGUAGUCGGCAGACAGAUAUUGAUCCUCGAAUUCCAAUUUUAUCACAAAUACUACUGGAAGACUGUUGUAAUUGCAGUUCUUCUCAUUAA